AGGAGGAGCCGGUCCGGCCCCGACAGAGCGCGGACAAAGGAGGUGGCAGCGGAAAGGGCACCGGCGGCUGGGGGGCAUUCUCCCUCUCCCGGGAGGCGUCCCAGGCACAGGCCAACAUGAAGCUGAACGAGAGGAGCUUGACCUUCUAUGCCACCUGUGACUCGCCCACGGACCACGCCGGCGUCCUCUACAAGAAAGGGGAGCGCAACACAGCCUACCACCGCCGCUGGUUUGUGCUGAAGGGGAACAUGCUCUUCUAUUUUGAGGAGCGGGAGAGCCGGGAGCCCAUGGGGGUCAUCAUCCUGGAAGGCUGCACGGUGGAGCUGUGCGAGGCCAGUGAGGAGUUUGCUUUUGCCAUCCGCUUUGAGGGCGCCAAGUCCCGCACCUAUGUCUUGGCUGCCGAGAGCCAAGCUGCCAUGGAGGACUGGGUCAAGGCCCUCUCAAGGGCCAGCUUUGGCUAUCUGCGCCUGGUGGUGAGGGAGCUGGAGAAGCAGCUCGAGGAGAUGCGCAGGGAUCUCUCCACCGGGCACCGGGUCCAGAGGCGGGGACCUCUUUGCCGAAAGAACCAGACAGCGCCCAACUUGGAACUGGCAGUGCAGGAGAAGCCUACGAUCCCACUUUGUGUGCCGGCCAAAGAAAAUGGCUGCGCACUCUGGAAUAAUUCUGAAGGCUUGGCCAGCCUGCCGGCAAGAUAUACCUCCACUGAACCUUGGGGUACAAGGACUUGCGGGGAGGGCAGCCAUGAUGGGGGGCUCAAGCCACCUCCUUUGCCACCUCGGAGACGGGCCCUCUCAGGCCAUUCAGGGGGCACCAACGGCCCCGGCUUGGAUGGCCCAGUGUGUCCAAGUGUGGCCUGUUUCUCCAAACUCCAUAACUGGUAUGGCAAGGAGAUCCUGGAACUGCGGCGGGUCUGGCUGGAGGGGCAAAAGGGCACCAGUCUCUAAGUGGGCCCCUAGCCUAAGCCAGGCGGUCUCCAGCCUCUGUGACUAAGCCUCAGCAGUUGGAAACCCUGGCUUCCUACCUACCUACCUUCUAAUGACAAUGCAUAUUGUUCAGUUCUUGAGAAAAGCUGCCACAGGUACCAGCUCAUCCCUUCCUGUCUGUCAGCUUAAAGAAUCGAGCCAGUGCCUCUUAGUUAGUGUUCGCUGGGAGACUUCCUCAAUCAGAAAUAUCUCCUGGAAAAUGCCACCAUUUACAUUAUAAUGAGGGGCCUUCAGCUAGUUAGAAAGAAAGAGGACCUGCCUUUCAGGACAAUCACAAGCAAAGCAUGAACUGAAAAACCAAAGCCAAAUCCUGAGUCGGGGUCAGUGUUGGUGAGGUGCUAUAGCAUUCAAGGAGGCAGUUCAACCAUGGUUGAGAUACACCAGGAGCAGACAUGUUGUAGAGCAGACAUAGGCAAACCUUGACCCUCCAGGUGUUUUGGACUUCAACUCCCACAACUCCUAGCCUCAGGCCCUUUUAUUUUCCCCCUCAGCCACUUGGAGGGUCAAGGUUUGCCCAUGCCCACUGUAGAGCCAUUUUUUUUGUGGCUGCUGAAAACUCUCACUUUGCAAAAACCGCGACUGCAAUUUCCUUCCUUUCUCUAGAACCUCAUCUUCCUAUGUACCCUAUGAUAUGUCAAGAACCUUCCCCGUGCUCUUUCAAGAAGCCUGGGAGGUAGAGCCAUAGCGACUGUUCCCACUUUACAGGAGGGGAACUAAGUGAGAAAAAGGGAUCUGCCUCAAGGACACAACAGCAGGCUAGCGAGCUCUGCUUUCAGCCUACCUCCUUGCAAAAUGCUUGGUGCUGUUCUGUUUGUCAUCACUGGGAGCUGCAGAAGCCAAGGCUCAAAUCUGAAUUAAUCAUCAUUGAGUAACUCUCUGUCUCGCUCUGUCUUUCUGAUCUACCUCGCAGGGGUGUUCUGGGGAUAAAAUAGAAGAGAAGAAGAUUGAUUGGCCAUCAACUUUUGUCUUCUUCCGAGAACCAAUACACACCAGAAGUGUCUUGGUUUCUGAUUUCUGCUCACUCAGACCUCCAACAGCACAAAAGGCAAAACCCAGCUGGGAAGCAGCCAUGGAAGGGAGACUUUUUCUGGGCAAGGGGAAGGAAGCACAGCAGAUCAAUCCUUUCCUGUGCAAGGAAAGCAGGGGAGGACUUGUCCAAGUUGGGCAUGGCUGUGGGGAGAGAAAACCACAGAGGAGGAACGAUAGCAUGGGAAGGCCCAGAUUGCAAAGAAAAACAUUGGAUGACUUGUGGCCACAAUGGAGAACUGAACUUUUAUUGCCUUCUUUUAUUGUCUUUAUUCCUGUCACCACUUGGCCCUCUUUUUCAAGAGGGUGGAGGUGAAAUCUGCACAUUCUUCCUGGUGAAAACUGUAGAAUGCAUUGUCAAAGGCUUUCAUGGCCAGAAUCACUGGGUUACUGAGUUUUCCAGCAUGUCUGGCCAUGUUCCAGAAGCAUUCUCUCCUGACAUUUUGCCCACAUUUAUGGCGGGCAUCCUCAGAGGUUGUGAGGUCUGUUGGAAACUAAGCAAGUGAGAUUUAUAUAUCUGUGGAAUGUAUACAAAGGCCGCAGUUACACACUGGGUUAAAUCGCUAAGCUGCAGAACUUGCUGACUGGAAGGUUGGCAGUUCGAAUCCAUGGGAUGGGGUGAGUGCUCAUUGUUUGCCCCAACUACUGCCAACCUAGCAGUUCAAAAACAUGCAAAUGUGAGUAGAACAAUAGGUACCGCUUUGGCGGGAAAGUAAUGGUGUUCCAUGCAGUCAUGCCGGUUACAUUACCUAGGAGGCGUCAACGGACAACGUCGGCUCUUCAGCCUAGAAAUGGAUAUGAGCACCACCCUCAGAGUCGGACUUGACUAGACUUAAUGUCAAGGGGAAACCUUUACCUUUAUAUAAACCCCACUUGCCUAGUUUCCAGCAGACCUCACAACCUCUGAGGAUGCCUACCAGAGAUGUGGGUGAAACGUCAGGAGAGAAUGCUUCUGGAUCAUGGCCGGACAGCCCGGAAAACUCGCAGCAACUUAUCUUCUCUGUAGCAUUGCUAACAAGCAGUCCGGGGUGCCCUUUCAUGAGUUCUGCACCAUCUUUGCUGGAUGAAGAUGGCAGUGAACUUGGAAAGCUUUGAAACUAACUGGGAAUAAGACGUUUGUAAAUGAAAAGUUUUAUCUACCCUCUGCUUCUUCCCAGUUAGUCUCAAAAGUACUACAAUAUCCCUUUGAAUGUUGGAAGAAAAUGGCUUAUCUGGUUAUUUAUUGCAUUGUGCUGUUUUUAAAGAAAGGAUUGAUUUUAGAGUGGUCCAGAAUUUAAAAUGUUCCUGUUGAAAUGCCUCUAAAACUGUCUUAGGCCCCUUCCACACAGUUGAAUAAAAUCCCACAUUUUCUGUUUUGAACUGGAAUAUAUGUCAGUGUGGACUCAGACAAACUAGUUCAAAGCAGAUAUUGUGGGAUUUUCUGCCUUGAUAUUCUGGGUUAUAUGGCUUUGUGGAAGGCCCCUUAAAAGGUCUUUCAAAGGGAGCUUUGAAAAUUGUGAGAAAAACAUUCAUAGUACACCAGUUGGGUAAUUUCACUUGAAAGCGUUGUGCUGGUGAGUUCAGGUACUUUUUAGAUAUCCCGGCCUCUUUUUUGGUUCUCUGGCUUUUUGACAACAAGUUGAAUGCCGUUUAUAUAGUUUGUGUAGAUAAACAGCUGAGUCAGAACAGUUGGCCUCUCCUUUUUACUAGCAAUAUUUAGAUUUCCAGGCUUAUAUUUCUAACCCAAGCUCCAACAUUCUGAAUGAUUUCUAAUUAAGCAGCCAUGGAUGGUUCAUUUCUUCUUGUGUGGCAGAGUUACAAAGGUCCAUUCAAACACUGAAACACAACAUAUCAAUGUUCUCUCCCAAUUGUUCACAUAAAGUGAAACAUGUGGUUGGAUUUACUUUUGCCAGCAUGUGCAUAGCAAGCUGGGCGAGUGUGUAUGUUGCUCUUUCAGGAACAUUUUCAAUUCCAGAGAAAAACUGCAGGCUGUGUUUGGACUGAUCCAGAAUUACUUCCUUCUUUCCUGCCACCAAAAGACACAAGUGACCUGGGCAUGAUUUGGUGAGACUCCAGGAGUUGUAGUCUUCCCAAGGUUGUUUGCACCAUCCUUCAGUGUUUAUCGCUGUCACUCUGUUGUAGAAUGCCUUCCAGCUCCUGACCCAGCCUACCUCACAGGGCAUUUGUGAGGAUCAACAUGCAAACCGUGCCUGGGUUCCAUGCACAAUGUGGUGUAUAGAAAUGUAACAAGUAAAUAAACAUUCUAGAGUUGCACACGAAA